GGAAACGAAGACAGCGACCUGAAACCCUAAUCGAGAGAGCGAUUGAUCGAUCGGAGAGAUGGCGUCGAACCCUCGCGUGUUCUUCGACAUGACCGUGGGGGGAUCGCCGGCGGGGAGGAUCGUGAUGGAGCUCUACGCCGACGUGGUGCCGCGGACGGCGGAGAACUUUCGCGCGCUGUGCACGGGCGAGAAGGGCACGGGCCGCUCCGGGAAGCCGCUUCAUUACAAGGGCUCGAGCUUCCACAGAGUGAUCCCUGGGUUCAUGUGCCAGGGCGGCGACUUCACCCGAGGCAACGGCACCGGCGGCGAGUCGAUCUACGGCGACAAGUUCGCCGACGAGAACUUCUCGAAGAAACACACAGGCACCGGGGUGCUGUCGAUGGCGAACUCCGGGCCCAACACCAACGGCUCGCAGUUCUUCAUCUGCACGGCGGAGACGGCGUGGCUGGACGGGAAGCACGUGGUGUUCGGCCGCGUGGUGGAGGGGAUGGAGGUGGUGAAGGCGAUCGAGGCGGUGGGGUCUCAGGGCGGCGCCACCAAGAAGCCCGUCGUCAUCGCCGACUGCGGCCAGCUCUGAGGGCGGGACUUCUCCUGCCACUCAUGGCCGGCACCCUUCCUCGCCAUUUCAUCUAAAUAAUCGUCGGAUCGAGCGUUUCUGGCCGUCGAUCUCGAUUUGCUUACCAUCCUCGCCGUAGCUGUGGUGGCCCUUUUUUGAUCAAUAAUCUUAGAUUUCUCUGAUAUUUUCUCUCUUGUUUUUUCACAUUUUGAAAAUUUUAUAUUUAAUUGCUAAACAA